AUGCCGUUGUGCUUUAAUUCUACAAUGUCGUAUGAUCCUAUAACACCAAGAGCAACAACGGCAGCAGCAGCUUCAUGUCCCACAAACGACUGUGAUUUCAAUAUUCUUCAAUUAUCACCUGAAGUUUUAGCAAUAAUAUUUUCCAAAAGUUUUGAUAAAUCAUCAUUGGAUCAAUUACUAAAACUGUCAACUGUCUGUCGUACAUUUCGACAUUUAAUUAUCAACGAUUGGUUUCUGCAAAAAUAUUAUUUUUCAUUUUUUCAUAAACUUAAUAUUUGGUGUCAAUUUUCAAAUGAAUCAACUACUAGUGGUGACAGUGAUGAUUUUUUACACAAUUCAGUUAAAAAUAUCAUUGAUGAAGAAAAAACUUUGAUCAACAAGUCUAUACCACCAGAAAUUGAAACAAAUGGAUUUUUUAAUCACGGUCCAUGUUUAACAUUUAGUGAUAGUUGUACACACAUUGAAAAAUGCUAUGAAUUAAAUGCCGAUAAUUUUUCAUUUUCAUUUUGGUUUUUAUCACGUGCAACACAUUUCGAUCUACCAUUAAUGCAUAUUGUUUUUGAAAAUGAACAAAGUAGAUUAUCUCUACGUUUUCGAGUUCAUGAUAAUCAAUUGCAAUUCUGGAUUCCUUGUACACCCAGAUGGAUUACAUUGGGUCAAUGGCAGAUUAAUGAAUGGCAUCAUAUUGCAGUUGUAUUUGUAUCAUUAGAAACACCACAAACAAUAAAAAUUUAUUUAAAUAGUAAUAAAAAUGUGCUAAAAAUACGUACAUGCUCGUAUGUACAUGUAGGGCCGUUCAGAUCUUUAAAAGUCGCAAUUGGAUAUGUUAAUGGUAGUUUCGCUGAUUUUGCUGUUUGGUCUACAAUAUUAUUACCAAUCGAAAUUCGUUCAAUUUUUCAUCAAAAAACAACAAUUAAUAAAGUCAAUGUUGCUAAAUAUAUUUUCGAUAAUUGGAAUAAGGAAAAUGAAUCAACGGUAUCGUCAUUGUCGAUUGCAGGGACAGGAAUUGCUGAUAAUGAAGGAUAA